AUGGGAAUCAGAAGAGACACCAACUCUCUAGAAAACAGGCCUUAUAGUCAAAUUACCAAAAAAGGAGACCUCUCAAACUGUAACAACUAUAAAGGGAUAAUGUUGCUCUUGGUAACCAUGACAGUACUAAGCAGAGUGAUACUUAACAGAAUCACAGACAUGGCAGAUUCCCUAUUGCGGAAAGAACAAGCAGGUUUUAGAAAGGGAAGGUCAUGUGCCGACCAGAUAUUCACUCUCAGACAAAUAUUGGAGCAGAGCAAUGAAUGGAACUCUCCACUUUACAUCAACUUCAUUGACUUUACAAAAGCUUUUGACAGUGUUAAUCGCCUUGCCUUAGAAAAAAUUCUCAGCCAUUGUGGGAUCCCAGAUAAAAACAUCUCCAUCAUUAAGAUGCUGAAUACAGACAUAAAUGCCAGAGUUAUCUGUGGAUCAAACCUAUCAGAGGAGUUUAAAUUGAAAACUGAAGUAUAA